GAAACCAAGGCCGAUAUCACUGCAGCCGAGAAGCGAAUCGGCCGCGAGCGAAAGAUUAUCGAGUACGUUGCUAUAACGGCGCGAUCCCUUCUCCAAAACAUGUAUCCUCGGAUCCAACAGAAUCAAGACCAAGCGUAUUCGAGUCUUACGUCGUUGUAUCCCAGAAUCCAAAACCUUGAUCAAUAUCUGAUCGGAAACGUACUGAGAGAGUACAAGGAGUUUCACCGCACCGAUAUCCUGAAGAUGGAGCGAAUCUUCAUUAACGGACAAUCUCGCUAUCUAGCGCAAUCGACGCCACGCCGGGGAGUAUUUGAUCCAAUAGCCCAGAACCUUGGCAGAAUCCUCCGCCUUCCGCCUGGCCGGUCGUUGGAGAGCAUCGGUCACCAUAUUCGUUCGCUCGACGAGAGAACAUCCCAAAUGGAAUCGCUGGUAUUACUGUUCCGAGAACGAGACCAACGCUUGCUCGAUCAUGCGCGAGCCGUGCAGCGCAAGAGCGGAAACCCCGAUGUAGCGCUGCGGUCGAUCGGCUCCUUUUUGGAGAGACAGAUUCAAAUGCUCUCAGGUGAGCGCUCCGCCUUGAGUCCCUGCAGCCCAGCGCUGCGGCUCGAUGACGACAUUCGGAUAGUGAUGCAGAGUGUGCUCGGGCUGUUGAUUUGUAUGGAAUGCAUCAACAUCGCAGUUGAUGCACAUGAACAUGGCCGAUUUGACACAUGCGGCGCUUUGCAAUGCAGGCUCCCUCAAAGACCAAGACAGCCGCUAUCACGGCAAGAUCAUCCCGCAGCUGAGAGCCAUUUGUGCCCGAGCCGACGAAUCGCACUUGCUGUUUUGCCAAAUCAUGGAGCUGGCUGAGGAAUGGGGCCACAUCGAAAACGACCAGUUGGUGGAUCCCGCAUGGCCAAUGAGCUCGCUGCAUGAACUUUGGCUGAUGACCAUUUCGAAACACUAAAGCCGUAUGAUCCCAGGACGUAUGCAGCAAUAAGACCCGCGUGGUGCCUGUCAUACUUGUGCCAAUCGCGGGGAGUGUGCAAGAAUGGGAUUUGUGUAUUGAGCGAAGCGCCACGGCUCACUUCUUCUUCUUGAGACCGCCCUCGAAUCCUGGCCGCUUCUUGCCCUUUGC